GUGAAACGAUAUAUAUUAAUUACUAGACUAUCGUAACUGACAAAAAGGCAAAUUUAAUUAUGUGUAUGUUGACCUACAAAUAACCUUAAACUAUAAAAUUUACGAAUAGUAGUACAUACAUACGUGAAAACGAAUCUUAAUGAAACUUAACAGAACGCAUCCCUAGUAACCGUUUCUAAGAAUUUUCGUCCAUGUAAUUUGCCAUCGACUUUAGUGCAACCAUUGUUUACAGUUUGUCAGACUUGAAUUGAUGUAACAGAAAAUUUUUUGAGAACAAAUUUGAUACUCGGAUGAAUUUGCUUGUAUAAAAUGGCGGACGAUAAUGUGCUUUUUGUCCGGGGAAACGGAAAUGGUACAUGUGCGGAUAACGAAGAUGUUUGGGACGACAGUGCGUUGAUAAAGGCGUACGAUAAAGCUGUGAAUUUAGCAAAGGAGGAAGUCACUAAACGAAUGGGCAUGGACAUUCAAACUUUGCAGUCCAAACAAAAGUCACAGGAUUGUAUACAAUCUCGACAUGCAAAUAAACCAUAUAAGAAAUGGAUCACUGGGGCACCCUGUCGUGCUGUGUACUCAGAGGAUGGACAAAUUUAUGAAGCUAUAAUCUCAAAGAUAUUUGAGAACAGUGGAACUUGUAUUGUGAAAUUUGUAGGAUAUGAUAACACGGAGAAGGUAGAUAUGAGUUCUCUUUUAGAGUCAGAAGGUUUGCAAAGACAAAUAGCUCAGCAAAAAGCGGCUCUGGCAGAAAAAAAUGAAGACAAUAUAAAUAUCGAUGAAACAAAUUUUCCUACAAUUGCAAACUCUAAAAAAUCUAAUGGAGAAAAAAUGGAUUACGAAUGGGAAGAAAUAAAAAUGGACAAGCAGUAUUCAGUGCCUGGAUCGUCUUUCAAUUCAAUGAUAGACAUGAUGCCGCCUGCACCUCCCUUACCACCUCAGUUGAUGGCUAAGCUUCCAGACAAUGAUACAGACGCACUUUCGAGUAUGUUAAUGUCUUGGUACAUCAGUGGUUUUCACACAGGCUAUUAUCAUGGUAUGAAACAAGCGAGAAGUAAUCAGGAGAAAAGAAAAACUUGCUGAUUGUAUAAAUGUUUUUCUACUCUAAAUAUACUUUUUAUAAAAUAAUACAAUAGAACAAGAAUUACGUACGUG